AUGGUCACCAUGUACGACCAGCCAUCCGACCCGAGGAAUAACGACCUGAAAGACUACAAUCAUGAGAACGACCUGAAAUACACGCUGGAGAUGUGCCAGUGGCUGCUGAAGCCGCUCGGGCUGUGGGGCAUAAUUUACCAUCGCGUCAGCAGCCUGGAGAGAGCUGUCUCGUUCGCGCUGCUGCUCCUCUGCUUCUCCACGCUACUCUUCCUGAUCGUGCCGACGCUAUACAAUAUGUUCUACGUGGAGAAGAACGUGCAGGUCAAAGUGAAGCUGAUAGGUCCGGUCGCCUUCUGCGUCUUCUCCACGGUGAAAUACUGUUACAUGUGCGCGAAGAGGAACCUCCUGGGCCACUGCAUCCAUCACGUGGAGAAGGACUGGAGAACGGUGGGGGAACAGGACCACCGUGCCAUCAUGCUGAAGCAAGCCGGCAUCAGCAGACGCCUGAUCGUCAUCUGCAUCGUCUUCUUCUAUUCCGGAGGAAUGUUCUACCAGACGCUGAUGCAGUACUCGUUCCAGCUGACGCACAAAUCCAACAUCACCGUGAAACCGCUCACCUAUCCCAGUUUCGAGUUCCUCGACGUCCAGUCCAGUCCCACCUACGAGAUCGUGUUCUCCCUUCAGGCCGCCGCAGCGGUGAUACUGCUCAACUCCACGAUAGCCGCGUACAGUAUGACCGCGACCUUCGUCACGCAUAUCUGCGGACAGAUUCAGAUCCAGAUACUGCGACUGGAGAACUUGAUCCAGGAAAAGCAGGCGAAGAGCAGCUUCCACGAACGUAUGACGGUCAUCGUUCACGAUCACGUCGAGGUGCUGAGGUUUUCUAAGAACGUUGACAAAGCUUUGUCGGAGAUAUUCUUGAUAGAGGUCGUUGCUUCAACAUUCAUCAUGUGUAUGCUCGAAUUCUACUGUUUAACGGAAUGGAGGAACAGCGACAUGAUCGCGGUAGCAACGUAUUUUAUGUUGUUGACAUCCAUCACAUUCAAUGUCUUAAUAUACUGUUACGUGGGUGAUCUUCUAUCCGAACAGUGCAGCCAAAUCGGUCGAGUUUCCUACAACAUUAAUUGGUACAAUUUACCAGCGAAGAAAGCCUACAAUUUCGUCCUGUUGGAAGCCAUAUCUCACUAUCCGCCGAAACUCACCGCUGGCAAAUUAAUUGACCUCACCAUAAACACGUUCGGCGUUGUGUUGAAGACAUCUGUAGUGUAUUUGAACCUACUUCGAACGGUUACCAAUUGAUUUUCCAUGCGGCGUAUAGAUAGAACGCAUUUAGUGAGGCGCAUUCAUCCUGAUGGAGCGUUGUCAUCAAGUAGGUUUCUAAAUUACAUAGAAUGAAGAAACAUUUCCAAAUUAGAAUAUUUUAAUAGGAUAGUAUCUCGUAAAUACUACUUAUAACAGAAUCUGUUCGUGUAAAUAAAACUUGAACGAAUCUUAUUUUGAAAUUCAUACAUUAUGCUAAGAUAUGCUAAUGUUAUGCAAUGCACAUAUGCAUGUAUAAUAGUGUAUCAAAGUUUUACUAGUACUUAAUAGUAAAGUAUGAUGUACGAGUUUAUUAAAUUUUAUUUCUAAAUAUUGACCAGUUACGUGAUCAUAGAUAAUACAAUAGGUGUGCCUGUCUCAUAUGUAUGACAUAAUGUGCAUAUUUAAAGCAACUAAUAUAUUAUAAAUAACACACAAUUGAUUGUACUUACAUUC